AUGUUGCUUUCUUUAUCCUUCAUUUCAAUCGUAAUUUCUACUGUCGCUUCUGCACUUCCGCCGAACAACCUUCAACGCGUCGAGGACCGGCGCAAUGCUCCAUAUCCGUGGACAUCUUCUCGGACUGCAUCCCCGGACCAAGCUCUCCAACUCUCUAUUGCGCUGCAGCGAGGUGCUCAUAUAGAAGCUACACUGUACAAGAUCUCAACACCCAGCCAUUCCCAAUACAGGAGACACUUGACCAGAGAAGAGGCCCAAUCCUUGCUCCGCCCCGAUGCCGAAUCUCACUCUCAAAUAAUUAGCUGGCUCGCCCAGCAUGAUGUCACAAUCGUAUCGGACGAUAGCCACUGGAUCAGGUUCAACACGACUGUCAAGUCGGCGAAUGCCCUGCUAUCUGCGAACUUCAAGUGGUAUCGGAACGCAGGCAAUGGUAAAGAGGUGCUCAGGACGUUGCGCUAUUCGGUCCCGGCUACGCUCCACAGCAAGAUCUCGCUGAUCUCUCCAACGACUCGCUUCUGUAAUAUGAAGUCGAUGCAGCCAUCCGCACAACACCAGGACUUGAGGAGGGGUAUUUUUGCACCAGUAAUAGGGACCAAGUUGCCCAACCGACGAGCAUUCAGGCGAGAGGAGCCGAUAAUCUCACCAAGGGGGGCUGUUGAUCCUAUAUGUAACCAGACCGUCACACCCGACUGCUUACGAGCACUUUACAACGUCCCGACAAACAUGACUCUCAGCAGCUCAAGAGGCAUUGGAGUCUAUGCUUCUCAGCAACAGAUCGCCAAGUUCAGCGACUUCAAGCUUUUCACCCAGAACGUCGACCCGAAAGCCAUGGGGGCAAACUUCACAUUCCUCAGCGUCAACGGCGGCCUCGACGGCGUCGCGAACCAGAACGACACCGUCGACUCUGACCAAGAAACCAACUUCGACGUCCAAUACUCCGCGUCCCUCUCGGCCCCCAUCCCGAACGUCGUCUUCUCCAUCGGCGGCCGGGGACCCAUCCAGCCCGAGCUCGGCAACCAGCCCGGCGAUGGGACCGAGCCGUGGCUCCAGUGGCUCGACGCCAUGCUCGCCCUCCCCGACGCCCAGCUGCCGCACACGAUCACGACCUCGUUCGGCGAAGACGAGCAGAGCCUCCCCGACGGCUACGUGCAGCAAGUAUGCAACCAGUUCGGCGCCCUCGGCGCGCGCGGGGUCUCCAUGAUUGCCGCCAGCGGCGACUCCGGCCCGGGAUCCACCUGCACCAACAACGACGGCAGCGUCGCCCGCUUCACGCCCAUCUUCCCGGGCUCCUGCCCCUACGUCACGGCAGUCGGCGGCGUCAAGGGCGUCGGCCCCGAGACCGCCGUCUCGUUCUCGGCCGGUGGCUUCUCGGACAAGUUCGCGAUGCCGGUCUACCAGCAGAAUGCCGUGCCGGCGUACGCGGCACCGUACGCGGCGCAGUUCCCGGGCAUGUUCAACGCGACGGGGAGAGGGUUCCCGGACGUGGCGGCCCAGAGCUACAACCUGACGUUCGUGGAGCGGGGGAAGGCUCGUGGCUUUGCGGGCACCAGUGCGGCAUCUCCCACCUGGGCCGGGCUCAUCGGAAUGGUCAACAGUGCCCUGAUCGCCCAGAACAAGGCUCCCCUCGGGUUCCUGAACCCCUGGCUGUACAGUACGGGUCUGGCGGGCAUGACCGACAUCACGGUGGGGAGGUCGGUGGGAUGCAUGGGCAAGAACCCCUUCACAGGAGCGACGCUGUCCGCUGCUCUCGGACCGAAGCUGAUUGCUGGCGCUGGCUGGAACGCGACGACCGGAUGGGAUGCCGUGACGGGGCUUGACUCCAUCGAGCCACCGCCGUCGAGGGAAGGAUUCGACGUCGUCUCGCUUAGGAUUCUGGUGAACGGUCCCUUCUGCUCGCCCACGAGGCCAUGUGUGGAGGGCGUCGCCAUUGCCGCUCGAUCGAUCCUCGGUGCCGAAUCCGAGCUUGGCAAGAGAUUUGACCACUGCCGCGGUCUCCAAACGUCGAACGCUCCUAGCCAGCCAGCCGCGCCUCGCUCAGGACGUCCUUUUCCGUGUGCAAUAAGUCAGUGCGGAGGACGGGAAAAGUGCUUCUACGGCAUUUCAGUCGGAGCCUGUACGGGAACGGGAACAGCAUGGUUCCGAACCGGGUGGUGCGUGGUGGAGUAUCAAUCCAGCUGUACGACGAGGCAUAGCUCGAAAGGUCGCUGGCAAGCGGACGGCCAGAUGAAAGCAAGCGGAGUGGCGUUGACGAGACGCUUAGACGGGGUCAUAAUAAGCAACGCCCCCCCCCAAAAGGGACCCUUGGACGAAUUCAAGGCGCGAGAUACCCAUCGGCAACUACAAGUAGCCAACCUCUGCAAGCGGCCUGUGCUGGCGACUGCCGACGGCCCAAACCGCGUCCCGGCUUUCUCUCCACGGCCAUCACAAGGUCGGGACGCAAAAGUUUGGGUCGCUCAGUACGUCCCAGCCACCGCGGACAAAGUGCGGGCUGAGACCGACUCAACAGCUGCACUCCUUCACGUACUUACUGCCUUGGUGUUAUAUACGCUGGAGCUAUACGCCACUACAUCUGUCAUUCUCUCCACGCUGUACACCUCACAGCUCAUGCUUCCAACAAGAUAUCAUGGAAGCAAGCACGUAUCAGGUACACAGAUUCGAAGCCUCGAAUCUCAAGUAUCGACCGACCUAUUCACCCGAGCAGAACACAUUGCAGCAAAAGCCCCCUCUCUCCAAUCCCUCGCCGGUCUCUCUCGAAUCUCACCUCGUCAACCACGACUCCCGCACAACACGCCAUCAGCAUCAGCACCACAACCACCACGAGCAGCGCCACAGAAAUCACGAGCGAGAGAUAUCCGAAUCAGGGCCCAUCCAACAGCGCCGAACGCCGAAAGCCCCAGCCAAGCAACGAGGACGAGGACCGGUGAAAAGGCAGCAGCAGCAGCAGCAGCAGCAGCAGCGAUCCACCACCAACCGUUCAGAGGCAGACGAACAGCUCUGGGCGCGCCCGAGGAAGAGCGCGCCGGGUUUCUCUUGAUCUUGACGUUUUUUCGUUUACCGGACGCUAAAUUCGGGGUUGUCGCCUUAUAA